AGAACGCGCACAGCUUCGACAAGGAAGCAGCGGCGCUCUAUUAAACGUUGCCCACGUUUCACGCGUGUUAUCACUACUUUAGAAACUAUUACAGUCGCUGCUAACUUAUCUGUCUAUACCAUCUGUGCACACGGAGCCGGAGACGAGAUGAAGGCGCUGCUGCUGCUCUUUGUGGCCGUGUGGGGGAACUUUGAGGCGGGCAGAGGAGAGCGUCUGUGCGCCCACUCCCCGUUCACCUGGUGCUCCUCUCUGCAGGCUGCGGUCCGCUGUGGGGUUUUGGAGCAGUGUCUGGAGGCCAACAUCACACGGGCGCGACAGACAGCAGAUCCAGUGAAGGUCGAGCUGUACUAUGAGAGCCUGUGUCCUGCUUGUAUUAAUUUCAUCACCACCAUGCUCUUGCCCACCAUGGUGCUGUACGGAGACAUCAUAGACCUCACCCUGGUCCCCUACGGCAACGCUCAGGAGUCCUUUGAUGGAAAGAAAUAUAUUUUUAAAUGCCAGCACGGAGAGGAGGAGUGUGUGGGGAACAUGAUAGAGGCCUGUUUGCUGAACCUGACCGGCUCUGAUGCGUAUCUCCCCAUCUUCUGCAUGGAGGCUUCCAAUGACGCUGCGAAGGCUGCCCAUUCGUGUGUGGACCUGUUCGCUCCUGACCUGUCUUGGGAGCGUCUGAUGAAAUGUGUGAAUGGAGACUUGGGAAACCAGAUCAUGCACCAGAACGCCCUGAAGACCCAGGCACUGAAGCCCCCUCACACAUACGUGCCCUGGAUCACUAUCAACGGAGUUCACACAGAGGAGCUCCAGGACCAAGCCUUCUCUGCUCUUGGGCCUCUUGCGUGUAGCAUGUACCAGGGGGAGAAGCCUGCUAUGUGUGGAGGAAAGGGGAGACGUUUCAAAAGCUACAGCCGAAAGUGAAGAGUAGCAGAAAGUUCUACCUCAGCCAUUAGAAUAUGGACCAAAGGGAAUCGUAUACUGUAUAAACAAUGUAUUUUUAAUACCAACAAUGAUACAAUUUUUAAUAUACAUAAAUUACUCAUUCAUCAGG